GGUCAUGAUAAAUUAUUGAUUCUGGUAGCUUCCAGCGCCCCCGCGUCACACAUGCCCUCUUUUAAAUAAUGGCCUUGUUCAUCAUUUCCUUUCCAUUUGUUGCUUUCUCUUUUCUCUCUCCAUUCCGAUUUUUUGCUGGACAGAAAAUGGACACCCAUAUGACCACUGUUUUAGUGAAUUCACAGAUUGUGGCGGUGUCUAAUUCCGAGUCACACCUGCAUACCCCUGUGUACUCAUUUGUGAAUCAACAAGUCGCAAUGCUUAUGCUUCUGACUUAUGAUUAUCUGCUUUCGUUGGCGCAGGAAGUCGCCUACGUGUGGCACUCAAAAUGGGGAAUAGUAGAUGUCCUGUAUUUGUUCUCUCGUUAUUCUCCUUUUAUCGACACUAUAUUGGCUGUGGAAGAGAGGCUGAAUUUGGCAAACAGUAUUGCGUCAUGUAACCGAACCAUGACUUUCAACAUCAUUUUUGCUGGCUGCGGAGUAGGAAUAUCUGAUCUAAUACUAAUCAUCCGUACAUUUGUCAUGUACCAAAACUCUCGGAAGGUCCUUGCGAUCCUCGUUCUGUCAUGGGUUAUUGUCGGCGUCAUAAAUGUGGUGUACACACUAAGUUGGGCAAAAUCGUUUUCAAAUGCGUCGUCAUUAUUGUCAGAAACACCACAAGGAUUAUCCCCAUGCUUUGUAGUAGGAGAGAACAAAACUGGCUUGGUAACCUAUAUAUCUCUGUUGGUCGCAGAAACUGUGGUGGUGGCGUUGACGAUAUUGCAAGGAUUGAAAAAUUAUUCAAAAUGUAAAUUGUUCACGGACGAUGAAAGCAUAGCCACGACGUUUUAUCGCGACGGUAUACUGUUUUAUAUAUUCAUACUGCCAAUGACCUUGGGGAACGUUCUAGUAUUGUCAUUUGCACCUCCCGAACUUCAAAUCCUUGAAACUCCAUUGCGUGUCAUGCAUUCAAUACUGUGUUGUAGGCUCGUUGUCCACGUCCGUCAAGUUGCACAGGCUGUACAUAAGGUCGAGGAUAGUCUUGAGGAUAUGAGUUUUCGGAGCAAUGAUAGCGACAAUGACACCAGUCGUCGUAUUUCGGAGGUAUAAGCUUCGAUAGCUGGGGCUUCUGCACACAAUAUACACUUCAUAACUGGAUAACGUGCUGCGAGUCAGUGUUAAUAUUAGUCCUGUGGUUAUACAAUGGCACACGGCGGCCUACACUGCCGCAGCGCGUCGGUC